UAAGUCGUCAAUGAACCUUAUAAACCCCAACAAAAACAAGACCACCUUGACGGCUUCUUGAACCACCAGAACCUUGUUGAACCUUAAUAUACCACCACCACCAGUAGUAACACCACCAGCAGUAGCACCACCAGCAGUAGCACCACCAGCAGUAGCACCACCAGCAGUAGCACCACCAGCAGUAGCACCACCAGCAGUAGCACCACCAGCAGUAGCACCACCAGCAGCAGCACCACCAGCAGUAGCACCACCAGUAGUAACACCACCAGCAGUAGCACCACCACCAGCAGCACCACCAGCAGCAGCACCACCACCAGCAGCACCACCAGCAGCAGCACCACCAGCAGUAGCACCAGUAGCAGCAGCAGCUCAGAUAUGUCGUCCAACAGUCUACAGAAGUAUGGGUGGACCAUCUGGAACUAUGUGAUGCUCUAUGCCUUGGGAUUUUGGUAUCUGGUGAAGGAACUCUGCACACCACAUAGGAAACCGAAUGGCAUCGAGAGUCAGCAUGGGCGUGUGGGUAUUGUGACUGGUGGUGGACGUGGUAUCGGCUUGGAAACAGUCCACAAGUUUUUGGAUUUGGAUAUGACAGUCAUUAUUGCUGGAAGGAAUGUGCCAGCGCUGGAGAAGGCAGUGUCUGAGCUGCGAGCCCAGGGUGUGCAAGGAGGAACUGCUGUUUGCUUGGAAUUAGAUCUGGCAUGCAUGUCUUCUGUGUGCAAGUUUGUUCAUGAUUUUUCUGCUCUGAAAUUGCCACUUCAUCUUCUCGUUAACAACGCGGGCAUCAUGUUCUGGCCCUGGGACAUGACAGUGGACGGUCAUGAGUCACACUGGAGUGUGAAUUACCUGGGUCACUUCCUGCUCACUCAUCUCUUAUUUCCACACCUAGUUGCUAACUCCACUCUGGAUACCCCAGCACGUGUGGUCAACCUUACCUCAUCAGCACAUUAUAUGGGAUCCAUUCAGUUCAGUGACAUAAAUAACAAGAAAAAUUACUGCCCUCAAGCUGCAUAUGCUCAGAGUAAAUUGGCACAGAUGAUGUUUACCAUCUCGUUGGCCGAGCAUCAGAAGUCAUGUGGGGGUAGCGUUGUUGUCAGUGGUGUUCAUCCGGGAGUGGUGGCCACCGAACUUUUCCAGCAUGUUGCAUGGGCUAGAAAUUUCCCUCUGCUUGCCAAUACUUUCCUCAAGACUCCCGAGCAGGGAUGUGACACCGUUGUGUAUGUUGCAUUAUCAAAGUACGUCAAAGAAGGUGGUCAAUAUUAUGAAAACUGCACAGUUACCACACCAUCCAGAGCUGCCCGGAGGAGGGAGGACCGUGCCCGUCUUUGGGAGCUCUCCUGUCAACAGCUUGGAAUAGACUCCUUUGGACAGUUAUAAUUCAGUAAUUUAAUUAAUAUCCUUGUAAGAGCUCCGACUGCCUUCAUUCACUCGUAUAGUACCUGGAGUUUCCCUGGAGAGGGCCUUGGGGGUGAACGCUACUGCGGCUUGGUCUGUACUGUACUGUACUGCAAAGUAUUUUUUUUAGUACAUAAAUGGAAACUGAUAAGAUUGUGUGAAACACUAGAGGAUUUGAAUCUCUGCACUGCACUUAUGGGGAUUCAAAUCCUCCGGUGUUUCACACACUAACAUGGUAAGAUAAAGUACUGAAUUUUUGAACAUUUCAUAAUAAGGGUUUGUUUUGAUACUCUAUUUAAAUUAGAAUUUAAUCAAUUACAUCAUCUUUGAGGACUAUAUGUAAUCAUAUGUAAAGAAAGAGACUAGAAUUUCUUUGAAAUUCAUUGUCUGUCUUGAUGCAUUAUGUUGUCUUACUCAGUCAUCCUCCACUGAAUAGGGCUCUUCCUACAUUAUGUACCAAUAUUUGUUUGUAAACUUACGUUGAAAAUAUUUUCAUGACUUACUAAGUAACCAUCACAGCUAAAGAAUAAAAAGUUACAGUACCAUGACUUAAACAAUACACAGAUAACCCGCACAUGGAAGAAAGAAGCUUUUGACGACAUUUCGGUCCGACUUGUACCAUUAACAAGUUAUGUACACGUGUGUAACUUGUUAAUGGGUUAAGUCAGACUGAAUUAACAAAAGAACAUAAGAAAGAAGGAACACUGCAGUAGGCCUACUGGCCCAUGCUAGGCAGGUCCAAGUCACCUACUGGCUUAUGCCACUGACCCAACCUAGUCAGGUCUAGGUCUCGUCCACUUAAGGAAAGUGCACGACAUCAGACCUAUUAGCACAAGCUAGUCAGGUCCAACUCGCACCCAUUUGUGUAUUUCUCUAACUGAUUUUCAUAAAUUUCUCCUGUGUGAGGGUUAUUUGUGCAUCACAACUGUGGGUUGGAUCAUGACCCAGGGUUGACAACCAUUGGCUUUAGCUAACCAGUUUGUUUGUUAUAAAUCUUUCUUUCUUUCAACACACUGGCCGUAUCCCACCGAGGCGGGGUGGCCCAAAAGGAAAAACGAAAGUUUCUCCUUUUACAUUUAGUAAUAUAUACAGGAGAAGGGGUUACUAGCUCCUUGCUCCCGGCAUUUUAGUCGCCUCUUACAACACACAUGGCUUACGGAGGAAGAAUUCUGUUCCACUUCCCCAUGGAGGGUUUGUUAUAAAUAUGUAGCAUAAAUAAUAAAUUAGUUUUGCUUUGCACAGACAGGUAUAUUUGUCACUAGAGUGAUAAAGCUCUGUAAUGAGCUGAUGUAACCUGACCACAUCAGUUGGUUUAACUUGCAAGUCCUUUGUAAGUCUCAAGAUUACUAUAUAUUACCGUAGAAACUCAAGAUAAUGUGAAUUUUGUAUUUUCUUAUAAAAUAAAUGUUAAUCCAG